AUGGCCCACCACCACCACGCCGAUGUCCACUCGCUGCACGAUUCGCUGCUGGACCAGCCCGCCGCGCCCUCGGAGCACCACGCCCACCAGAAGCGCUCCUCCCAGUCGCCCACCCAAGGAAAGCGCACCGACACGACCGCCGGAACGUCGUCCAUCACGGCGCAAGAGCAGGCCGAUGCGUUCGAGCAGGCCGAGGACGGCAUCGAGGCGAACGACUACACCUCGGACGACGACCCGGGCUACGACUCGGACGACGCAUCGUCGACGUCCGCGUCGCUCGCGUCGUCGGCGCGCAACUUCAUCUACGAGAACGGGCGGCGCUAUCACAGCUUCCGCGAGGGCACCUACUCGUUCCCCAACGACGACAGCGAGCAGGACCGCGAGGACCUGAAGCAUGCCAUGUACCUGAAGCUCUUCAAUGGCACGCUGCACUUCGCCCCGCUGGACCCGGACAAGAACUUGACGGCCAUCGACCUGGGCACCGGAACCGGCAUCUGGGCAAUAGACUUUGCCGAUUUGUUCCCGAACGCCAGCGUGCUGGGAAUUGAUCUGAGCCCCAUCCAGACGGAAUGGGUGCCCGCCAAUCUGAAAUUCAUGGUCGACGAUGCCGAGGAUGAGUGGCUGCACCCACGCAACCACUUCGACUACAUCCACACCCGCCACACCGUGCAAGGCUUCCGCAACUGGCCGAAGCUCUUCGAGCGCGCGCUAAGACACCUCAAGCCAGGCGCCUGGACGGAAUGCCAAGAGAUCGACCACAUGCCCAUGUGCCACGACGGCACGCUGGCCGGCGACGACGCGAUGCUCCGGUACUGGCAGAUGGUCACGGACGGCCUGUCCAACGUGGGCGUGCCCUUCCGGUCGGCGCCGCACCUGCGCCGCCACAUGGAGGCCGCCGGCUUCGUCAACGUCACCGAGCGCGUCUUCUACACCCCCAUCGGGCCCUGGCCCAAGAACCGCCACCUGCGCGAGGUCGGCCUGUACUGGCGCGCCGUGCUGAUGGAGGGGCUCGAGGCCAUCGCCCUCGGCCCCAUGACGCGCGGCCUCGGCUGGACCAAGGAGGAGAUCGCCGUGUUCCUGGCCGCCGUGCGCAAGGCGUAUGUGGAACCGGCGACGCAUGCCUUCAUGCCGUUUUAUAUCAUCUAUGGGCAGAAACCAGAGUAA